CUGAGGCUAGGAGUAGGAAUUCUGAGUUGAGGGGAUGUUUUCUGUCCGGGAAUGACUAGUUACGACCUCGAGUCGAAUGCAGCAUUAUAAAUAAAUAGGCUUGCUAUGUAUUCAAAUGGAGGCCAGUCAGUUUUCCCAGCGUAAAGACACUGCUUACGCUCAAAGUACGUGAAGUCCAUGAUUUUUAAAAGAUUUGAACAUUUAGUAGUGUAACUGUAAUGAAGCGAUGUCUAAUACUGACAUACUGCUUCAUUUAUUUAAUGUGGAUAUCCGGGAAAGCUAGCGCAUGCCCGAGGUAGCCACUGCACCUUUGCACAACAUUGGAUAGGAUGCUGCAACCUGAGCCUGGCUUUGCCCUUUGCCUUCAUGAGAAUGAACCUUUAGACACACACACUCUCUUAUUCACUGGUUACAUGGGCUCGUUUUCUUCUCUGUGUAGCCUGCUCUCUGUAGCCAUCUCACCUUUCACUCUCUCUCUCUCGGUUUAUUCUGAAUAUAACAUGACCACAAGGAAGCACUUCACUGAUCUCCUGGAUGACUUGUCUCAGGGGGCCUUGCUUGGCCAGCUGCUGAGCGACCCCUUCCUGUCGGGGAGCAGCGAAAUGAUGGACGUGGAGGAGGAGCUGAGCCCGGCCUCUCCCCCGCCUCCUCACAUCCAAGCCGAGCACAGUUACUCGCUGAGCGGAGACUCGCGGCCCCAGUCGCCCCUCUCGCACCUGACCACCGAGAAAACCAGCCGCGAGCCUGGAGAGUCAGACAGCGAGGACUGGCCUGUGGAGCAGGAGGAGGAGAUGGAGGAGGAGGAGCAGUUAAACCUGAAGAUGGAGCCUCUGCUCUGUGAUUCUCCAGCUCUGCUGCCUACACUGACGCUUACCCUCACAGUUGAACCAGCGCCCACCGCCUCCCUCUCGCACACCACACAGCUCACCACGCAGAUAAAGGAGGACGAGAGCUACAACCCGCAGGUUAAACUGGAGCCACAUGAGGUGGAUCAGUUCCUGAACCUCUCCCCUAAAGAGCUUGAGGCUUUGCAGAUGCCCCCGACUCCUCCCAGCUCUCAUGGCAGUGACACAGAGGGCAGUCAGAGCCCUGUGCACCCCUGCACUCCUGCCAGCCCCACACAGAACCCAGCUGUCCUCAAGGUGGCGCAGCGCACGACCGCCUCGCUGCCUAACACACUGUCCAACUCACCCCUGCUUACCGCCCCACAUAAGCUGCAGGGCUCCGGGCCCCUCCUGCUGACAGAAGAGGAGAGACGCACUCUGAUCGCAGAGGGAUACCCCGUUCCUACUAAGCUGCCUCUGUCCAAAUCUGAGGAGAAGGCCCUGAAAAAGAUCCGCAGGAAAAUCAAGAAUAAGAUUUCUGCUCAGGAAAGUCGCAGGAAGAAGAAAGAAUAUAUGGAUGCCCUCGAGAAAAAGGUGGAGACGUGUUCCAGUGAGAACAGUGAGCUGCGCAGGAAAGUGGAGAACCUUGAAAGUACCAACAAGUCUUUGCUGCAGCAGCUGCAAUCCCUGCAGGCCAUGGUGACAGGAAAGGUCCCUCGCUCGUGCAAAAUGGCCAGCACUCAGACCUCCACAUGCCUCAUGGCGCUGGUCCUGUGUUUCGCUGUGUUCCUGGGUAGCUUCUACCAAGGCCUGAGCCCCUGCUCAUCUGUCACAAAGACUGAUCUAUCCAGAGAGCUCACCAUGCAGGAGUCUUACACUACUACAGUGAAGUCCAGGAGCCUGCUAGCCGUUGAGGAGCACGGUGUAGGUGACGAACCCCGCCGCUCCGGGCUAGGCGGGAAAUAUCCAGAGUGGGACACACAGACUAUCGACAUGGCGAUGUGGCGCCUCGAGCAGCAGCGCAGACUCAAACAGGCCACACCUCAAACUCCAGAACCCAGCCCACCUUUCAUUCAGAACAACGGCACAAACACACAAAAAGCCCUUCUCAUUGACCUGCACCCACACAGGUCAGUGGAGUCACAAUCCAACGAAAGCCCAAAAGUCAUUGAGCUGGAGAGAACAGUGAACGAGCCGUCGUGAGGAUGGCUGGUCCUCCUCGAGCUCACCUCCACCUUAAGGGCAGGAGGAGACGCGCGCACACACCCGUUCUGUAUUUAUAGACCUCCUUUAAGUAUUGUUCCUCUCACCAUUUUCUUUUCUUUUUUUUUUUUUUAAUUUUUAUGAAAAAAAAUUAAAAUAGAAAAAAAAGGAAUAUUAUAUCAUUCCACCAUUAUAUAUUAAAUUUUGAUACUAUAUUUUAAAGCUUUUUUUUCCCCAUGUGUUCCUCUUUUGUGUAAAGUACAUAUGUUCCGAUCAUUGAAUUUGAAAAACAAAAUGGUGUCCUUCUGUUCUUUGGUCUGACGUUGUACACCCCUGGGCCUGUAUUUAUAAAAAAGAAUAUUCAUGUUCUCACUCUCCCUCAGACUCGAGCUAUUCUAAAAACCUAAUCGGAAACGCGAGAACUUCGAAACACGUCAACAAUGUUAAACAUCUAAAAAGGUCUAAUAUUUGGGUGUUAGGGUUAUUACAUCAACUCAUACCGAUCAAUAACCGUAGUUCCUUCGUAUCACAUGACGGUUUGUUUGUUUAAACAUGUGCUUAUUUUAUUUGUUCGCAGUGUACAGUGUUACAGGAUCCUGUGUAAUAGUGUUGGGUUCAGGUUAAACUGAGUGUGUCAAACACAACUUCAUAACAAAUCAAAGUUUUUCUGUUAUAGGCGAGCAGGGAGCGACUCGUACCAUUUAUUCUGGUCUUUAACCGUGGUGCACUUGUCAUUUGGCAGAAUUGAGUUCCUCUUCAACUGGCACAGAACCAUGUGUAUGCUAAACAUAAUCCAGGCUGGUCAAGUGUUUACAUUUGCUGAGGUGUGUUAAUGUACACACUUUGUACAGUUUUUUUACUUUGAUCCAUGGUAGAUGGAGCACUCCCAGCAUCGGAUAUUAUAUUAUUUAUUUUUAUAUAUAUAUAUAUAUAUAUAUAUAUAUAUAUAUAUAUAUAUAUAUAUAUAAUAUAGCCCCCAAUGCCCAUUCACUUCCUCUUAAAUCAUUAAUAGGACAAUUUUAUGUUCAAAUGUCAUGAGUUGUAAGUUGGCUUUUGAUUGCCAGUUGCAGAAGCAGAUGAAUGUUGAAUGAUGUCAUGACAGUCCUUGCUAAUGCAUACUCAAGUUGAACCAGCAUAAGUUUUGGUGGCGGAGCUUGGUGUACAUGGGUGGAAAUGGGGGCGGGCUCAGUUUAAAAAAAAAAAAAAAAUAUA